AUGUUUCGACGCCAAGCAGCUGGGUCGAGAGGCCAUGAUGGACUUGAGUAUGUUCGUCUUGAAAAUCUCGACUCCAGUAGUAUAACCACUACUGGGAUACAUAGGGCACCAGAUGCAGAAGAGCAGCCCAUUGUUGGACAAUACGAACCUAUGCGCAGACCAAGAAUAAUUGUACUAAAGCGCAUCGUCUUUGUUCUCUCCUUGGUCUUAAACUUCGUGAGCGCCUGGAAAUGGUUGUUUCCAGGAUCCUUAUAUGAUCGAAUUCUUACAUACUCUCCUGCUCUGCCUGUUAUUGAGAAUGAGAGAGUUGUUUUCUCAAGUGCGUUUGGCAUUGAACGAUCACCAUUCCAAGGAGAGCCUUCAGAAGCGAACAAUGAAUUGUGGACCGGUCUCUACGACUUUGGCAUUACAAGAAUCAGCGCAGAGGAAGCUAGGCCUAUGGACAACAAGACUCUCCCCUUGCCCGAUAACAAGGGCGGCUACGUAGUUCAAUUAUCAGUGUUCCAUCAGCUUCAUUGUUUGAACAUGAUCAGAAAGGGUAUAUAUAACGGUGUCGAUAUGUCGAAUGUGGAUGAAUUGAUGGGUAUCGAGCAUAUUGAUCAUUGUAUUGAUAUGCUCCGUCAAAGCAUAAUGUGCCAUAGUGACAUAACUCCUACUACGUUUGCACGGCAAUCGCUCAAGGACAGCAUGAAAGUCGUGGCAGAAGUUGUCCAUACUUGUAGGAAGUUCUCUAAUAUUCAACAGUGGGCCUGGAAUAGACGGAUCAAAAGCGCCAUUGAUAAGGAGACGGUUGUUACUAAUGAUCCCUUGGGAUGGGGAACGUACACAUAUUCACCAUAG